AUUGGUUAUUCUGGGUUCGAUUUAGAUUCACAUAAAAGUUGCAGCUGUUGCUGUUGUCGCGUACAAUACAAGUGCCUUUUUUUUAAUUUAAUUUAAAAAAUAAUUUUCCAUUUCUUGGCCUAUUUUAUUUUCCUGAAAUGUACAUAUUCACCUGCAUGUACAAUAUAAGCUAAUUCCUUUCUUGCUCUUUCUACCUCCGAAAUAAACGGGCUUCUCAGAAAAAGAAAAAAAAAAGCUUCUGUUUCCUUUCAUUUGUCUCCUAAAUAUCUUUUUACAGCGUGUUUGUUCGAUCCCAUUGCUGUCUAGAAGCUGCUCCUGAAUUUUAUGGGCUGUUUUUAGUUACAUGGUGGAGGAGAACAUACAAGUUUCUUGCUGUUUCUUCAAGCCCAGGGCAGUGAUUUGGGGUGGAGGAGAAUUCAGAACCAGAGGUGUGAGAUAGAAGACGAUUUCGAAGGCCUUGGCUUUGCUGGAAUUCAGGGGAUUUUAGUUUGAAUUUCUUUGACUUGGUUUGAAGAAAUGAUGACUGUUUUGGAUCAAAACUUCAAUUUUUGAUCUGGUUUUUGCCGGAAAGAAGAGGAGAAUUUCUUCAAUCGUUGGUGUUAGAAUUAGCUUGUGGAGGACAGAGAGAGAAAGACGGGGGAUAUUUUUGUAACUUACUGUAAUGGAGGCAGAGGCGGCCUCGGCUGAGCAGCCGCAGGCGGCGGCGCAGCCAACCUUGCCCCGGAAGAAGAUGACGAAGCAGCUAACAGGAAAGCGCGAUGACACGCCUUUGCAUUCCGGAGCGAGGUCAGGAAGCAUGGCGGUGGUGAUGGAUAUCCUUGAAAAUACAGAAGAGGGUGCGUUGAAGGAGUUAUUGACAAAGCAGAACUCAUCUGAUGAAACAGCACUAUAUAUUGCUGCAGAAUAUGGUUAUGUUGAUUUGGUCAGGGAGAUGAUCAAGUACUAUGAUCUCGCUGACGCCGGAAUCAAAGCGAGAAACGGGUUUGAUGCGUUCCACAUUGCUGCCAAACAGGGGAUAUGGGUAUGUCUACGGUCUACCAUGAGACCCUUCGAUGUGUUGAAUGUGCUUAUGGAGGCUCAUCCGGAAUUGACCAUGACGGUGGAUCUAUCAAACACCACGGCUUUGCACACAGCUGCGGCGCAAGGGCAUAUCGAGGUGGUGAACUUUCUGUUGGAAGCAGGAAGCAGCCUGGCAACCAUUGCUAAAAGCAAUGGCAAGACCGCGCUGCAUUCUGCGGCGAGAAAUGGUCAUUUGGAGGUUCUGGUAGCGUUUUUGGACAAGGAGCCUGGUAUCGCAACACGUGUGGAUAAGAAGGGGCAAACGGCACUUCACAUGGCGGCUAAGGGGCAGAAUCUUGAGGUGGUGGAGCAGUUGAUUAACGGACCUUCUUUGAUAAACAUGGCGGAUAACAAAGACAAUACCGCAUUGCAUAUAGCUACUCGGAAGGGUAGAGGGGAGAUUGUGAAGAUGCUACUCGAACACAGUGAAACCAACACAAGGGCAGUAAACAAGUCUGCAGAAACUGCCCUUGACACUGCCGAGAAAACUGGGAACUCGGACAUUAAAGCUUUUCUCCAAGAGCGCGGUGUCCAGAGUGCUAAAGAAAUCAAGCCACAAGCAAGAAACCCAGCUCGAGAGCUGAAACAAACGGUGAGUGACAUCAAGCACGAAGUCCACCACCAGCUAGAACACACUCGCCAGACCAGAAGACGCGUCCAAGGCAUUGCCAAACGCCUUCACAAAAUGCACUCGGAAGGCCUCAACAAUGCCAUAAACUCAAACACUGUCGUGGCUGUCCUCAUUGCCACGGUCACCUUUGCAGCAAUUUUCCAAAUCCCUGGCCAAUACGUUGAUGACCCUGGAGACAUUCCCAAGGGGCAGUCACUUGGCGAGGCAAACAUUGCUCCCAAACUCGCCUUCAUAAUCUUCUUCAUCUUCGACUCCAUUGCGCUUUUCAUUUCUCUUGCUGUCGUGGUGGUGCAAACUUCAGUGGUGGUAAUCGAGAGCAAGGCGAAGAAGCAGAUGAUGGCGAUCAUCAACAAGCUGAUGUGGUUGGCUUGCGUGCUUGUUUCCGUGGCAUUUUUGGCGCUCUCUUUCGUUGUGGUGGGCGAACAGAAGUGGCUAGCAAUUGGAGUAACAAUCAUAGGAACUGUAAUUAUGGCUGCAACUUUAGGGACUAUGUGUUUCUGGGUAGUUAGGCAUCGGAUUGAGGCGAAAAACAUGAGGAGCAUUGGGAGAACAUCGUUGGACAGCAGAUCGCGGUCGUGGUCGUUGUCUGCAGUAAUGUCUGAAUCUGAGCUCCUCAACAAUGACUAUAAGAAGAUGUAUGCAAUUUGAAACUACUUCCACACACACACCUGCCACAUUUUUUGGGUUCUUGUUUUUCCCAGCAUUGGGCCAAACAGGUGUAACUACUAUAGCAUUGAUCAUUUUUUUUUUUUGGAACUAUUAUUGCCACUUUAAAAUCUCAUUCUGUGCUGUAUUUUUUCUUUCUAAAUAUAGGAAGUUUGGAGUGCAAAAUGAGAAUGUUAAGUGCUAAUAAA